AUGGCACCAGCCAGCUCACCCUGCGACAACUGCGGAAUUCCGGCCACAUUUCAAUGUUUCGGCUGCAAAGACGCACCUCAGUACGAGCACGGCGAUGUGAGAAAUGCUUUCUACUGUAGCUCAGACUGCCAGAAGGAACAUCGUCCCCAACACAAAGCGUACUGCAAGAUCAUGGCCACUCGAAAGAAGCUUCUCCGCGUUGCAUCCGUCUGCAAGGCUGCUGUUCUUGGCUAUCGCGAACUCGAGUUCGAUGUUGAACUCUCCAAGAUUGAGCUUCGAGACAACACCUUGUACCUUUACGAUAACCAGAAAGAUCUUUCCGUUCCCCCGAAGCGUGGUCCGUUCCCUGAGCAUCUCACCUCCAACGCUCAACACAAAGAGGCCGCCCUUUCCUGGUUCUUCUGUUUCGCAAGUCAGGCGUUAUUGAGCGUGCUUCUACCAAAGCUUCUAGCUGACAUACCAUGCAAGAUUGAAUGCAUGGACAUGAGAAUAACGAAGCCUUUGAUAGUCACCCAAGUCAUCCCCGGCCCCGACUCCUCCCCCGACGUACUGAGUCUUGAUGCUGCCGAAGGACACCACGUUGCUAUUAAGAUCAGCCUAUUUCCAAGCAAGGAAUCCUGGGUGCUUGACGUAACAUCAGCCCAGUACGGCUUUAAGGAACCCCUUGAGACCUACCCCAAAUACGUUGCAGAAAGGCAAUGCGUUGGCAUAGAACUCGACCCAUACAACUUUACUGUGACGUCCGAUGUAGACUUUAUCUUGAAUGACCCCCUUGGAACAGCAGUGCGACAGAAGAUGUUUCAAGCUGAGCUCCCAUCACGUCGCCGAUUCGCAGCAUUUGUUGAUACUGGUGUUGACAAGGGUAUUCUAGAUGGGUCGCCUUCUGAGUUUGCAAAGAAACUGGAAGCCUUCAAGCUCGCGUUGAAGUUGCACAUGUGUAUGUGA